AUGGCCUUUUUUGAUGCGCAAGAAGUUAUCGUCUUUCAUCAUUUGCAUUAUAGUGUUCGUACAUCAAUCGCCGCCGGCCUUGGAUCUCCUCCACCUCUGCCGCCACUCCGGCCUCUUCUCCGGCGUCCGAUCGCAGCAUUUCAGCGCGAUCUGCAUCAGCUUCAGCACCCCCCUAUUAGCCCCCAUCUGCACCGCCAUCUCCUCGUCGAAUACCUCCCCCGUCCACUCCUCCCUCACCCGCACACAAUGAUGAAGAAAGAUUUGUAUCUACCGCAAGAUAUAUGGAGACAGAUCCUUGGGAGACUCCCGAUUGAAAGUAUUCCGAGAUGCAAGUAUGUUUGUAAAUCAUGGCGUGAUAUGAUAGAAGGAAAAGAGGGUGAGUUUGUCACAUUGUAUACUCCAAAACCAGGCAUGGCCUUCGCUCAUCCGAAAAUGGGGUAUGCGGUAUGCGAUGAGGCCUUGCGGACACUUUUCCGAUUCGGCUUGCCUCCUCCUCACGACCUAUAUUCAACUCCCGAUCACCACCGUAUUGUAAUUGGUUCAGUUAACGGUUUGAUUUUGGUGUGGGAUGGAUUGGAUGCUUCUAAUCAUUGCCUUUUCAUACUCAAUCCAAUCACUCAUGAGUAUAUUGAGCUUCCUACUCUGCCGGCACGUAGGUGCGUAUUUGGGUUUGGAGUGAGCAAAUUAAGUGGGCAAUAUAAGAUUAUAUGUGGUGAUGAAUCUAGGUUUUGUCACAUAUACAGUCUAGGUAGAGGAGAAGGGUUGUGGAGAAGCAUCCCAGCGUCGUCAACAACUAAACUGCCUUACUGCGGAGUGGCAAGACCACCAUAUAGCGUGCCUUAUGAUUAUGCUUUAUUUUUGAACGGAAAUAUUCACUGGCUUGCAACAAAUUUUGAGAAUAAUCUUUUGGUCUCCUGCCUUGAUCUUGAAACCGAGUUAUUUACAUGUUUUUCUCUUCCUCCAUGUGAAGGCGGCGAAUAUAUGCUUGGUUUAUAUAGUGGAUAUCAGCUAUGUAUUUUGGAAGAUCGGUUGUGUUUAUGCGACAACAUUACAAAUCUUUUUCGUGUUGUUAUUUGGAUGAUGGAAAACUACGGAGAUACAAAUUCGUGGGUAAUGGAAUAUACCUUCGACUCACCAGCAAAAACAAUCAGUCCAAUUUUUUUCCCACUCAAGAUUUUGGCAGAUGGUGACCUAUUGUACGCAUUUAAAGAUCGACUAUCUAUCUACUCCAAAAACACAAGAGCUUUUAAGCCAUAUGGUCGUCUUCGACAUUCUGGGUAUUCUAAUUUGUUCAACACGGUUACUUUUACUCCAAGCUUUCGUUCGCUCAAGACCAUGGGGAUUCAUAAUGUUCAAUCGUUAAGGUUUUAUUAA